ACUUCAUGCGAAAAAAAAGACAGCUUAUCCGUCAGGCGCUGGCAAAAUCGUCGUCGAUUGUUUGUUUUAUUCUGUCUCUGCGCUGCAAUGGGCAAGAAUGCUCAGGGUCCUGCCAAGAAAGGCCUGCUUUCUUGGGCCGAGAUUGCUCCAUGGCAGAGGGACAACGAAUUCAUUCUAACAGGAUAUCGUCGAGCAUCAUUCUCCUUCAUCACAUCCGCGAGGAGCAUACUUCAAAUCCACAAUGAAACAGCAAAUAUCUGGUCGCAUCUCCUCGGAGCCGCUCUUUUUGUCGCACUAUGCUUGCGGUUCUUUGCCAACGCCGAAUUCACACUGCACACCCGGGUCCAGGACGCUGUUGCGGUCGGUGUCUACUUUAUGGCCGUCAUAGUCUGCUUCUUCCUAUCCACCAUCUUCCACACCUUUUCGGACCACAGUCCCGGGAUGCACAAGUUCGGCAACGAGCUCGACCACCUCGGCAUCGUCUUUGUCAUGUGGGGAACCGGAGUGUCGGGCGCACACUUUGCCUUUUACUGCGACGCGCCCACGCGCAACGUCUACCUUGCGCUGCUGACCGGCACCGCCGUCGGCUGCGGCAUCCUCACGCUGCGUCCCAAGUUCCGCCAGCCGGGGUACCGGACCAUGCGUUUCCUCAUGUACGCCGGUCUCGGCGCCAGUCUGUUCCUGCCUCUUGCGCACGGGCUGAGCGUGCUGGGCUGGAAGAGGCUGGACGCCGCGAUGGGUCUCGAGUCGUUCCUGGGACUGGCGGCCAUCAACUUCUCGGGCUCGGCAGUCUACGCCAUGAGGAUACCGGAACGCUGGUUCCCGGGGACGUUCGACCUGAUAGGGCAGAGCCACAAUUGGAUGCACGUAUUGGUUUUGACGGGGGCCUUGGUCAGGUUGAACGGGCUGAUCAGGGUUCAGAUGUCGUGGCAGGUCCUUGGGAUGGAGUCAAGCCUAUGGAAUGUCUGUACCGGAUUGGCUUCUAUUUAAAUUUAGAUGCUUUGCAUGCAGUUCAACCCCA